AUGUCUAAUCCUGAUAUGUUUACUUUGUUUGUGCGUCACGGGGGAGGGUUUGAAAACAGGAGGGUUGACCCAGAGGGUAGAUUUGAAUUGCUCUUGGGGGAGGACCAUGUAUUCAAGGGGUUGUACAUGGGCUAUAGCUCCCUCAGGAAGGGUUUUAAGGCAGGUUGUAGGCCUGUGGUUGGGCUAGAUGGGUGUCAUUUGAAGACAUACUUAGGAGGGAUACUUCUCUGUGCUAUAGGCAAAGAUGGGAACAAUCAAAUAUAUCCCAUAGCCUGGGCAACAGUUGAGAUUGAAAACGAGCAGUGUUGGACAUGGUUCAUGAAGUGUUUAGUUGAAGAUUUUCAAAUUGGAAGUGGUGAUGGCUGGACCUUUAUAUCAGACCAACAAAAGGGACUUGAAGCAGCUGUAAACCUUCUUGUACCAUAUGCCGAGCAUAGAAAUUGUGCUCGGCAUGUGUACAUGAACUGGAAAAAAGAUCACAAAGGCUCUGUGCUCAAGAACAUUUUCUGGAGGGCAGUGAGAGCAACUUAUUUGGAGGACUACAAACAAGCAAUUGAGGACAUGAAACAGGAAGAUGUGGCUGCAUUUCAGGACUUCAUCAAUAGGGAUGUGAAGAGGUUCUGCAAGGUAUUUCUUUCUACCAAUGUGUGCUCUGAUAUGGUUGAUAACAAUAUAUCCGAGACAUUCAACGGAUAUAUCUUGAAUGCUAGAGGAAAACAUGUAAUACACAUGUUAGAGGAGAUCCGGAUAAGCUUGAUGGUUAGGCAGGUGAAGAAGUUAGGGGAUAUAGAGAAAGUUGAUGACAUUUUGACUCCAUUGAUUAGGAAAAAAUUGGAAAAAUUGAGUACACAAUCUAAACACUGCAUUCCUUACCCUGCAUUGGGGGGUAAGUUUGAAAUAGACAUGGAAGGUGAUAAGUUUGUAGUCAAUGUAGAAGCUAGAACAUGCACUUGUAGGGUAUGGUAG